CACAAUAUUACUUGUAUGGUUGGCGCUGGUAUCCUAGGACUUCCUUAUGCCAUGUCUCAACUUGGAUGGGGUCCGGGUGUGACAAUAUUAGUAUUGUCAUGGAUGGUAACGUUAUAUACAUUAUGGCAAAUGGUGGAAAUGCAUGAAAUAGUACCGGGAAAAAGGUUUGAUAGGUAUCAUGAGUUAGGACAAUACGCAUUUGGAGACAAGGUGGGGCUUUGGCUUGUGGUGCCUCAACAAGUGAUUGUUCAAGCAGGUUGUGACGUCAUCUACAUGGUAACAGCAGGAAGAUCACUUAUGAAGUUCUACAACAUUAGUUGUCCUGACUGCAAACCCAUCAAGCUCACAUACUUCAUCAUGAUGUUUGCUGUCGUUCAAUUCUUCUUGUCUAACCUACCUAACUUCAACUCCAUCGCUGGUGUUUCCUUUGCUGCUGCUAUCAUGUCCCUCAGUUAUUCGGCCAUUGCUUGGGUAGCUUCGGCACUAAGAGGAGUACAACCAGACACGGAUUAUGGUAGCAGGUAUCACUCGAGUGCAGGGAAUAUAUUUGGUUUUUUAAGUGGAUUAGGAACAGUAGCAUUUGCAUUUUCAGGACAUAGUGUUGUUUUGGAGAUUCAAGCAACUAUCCCUUCAACUUCGGAGAUUCCAUCAAAAAUACCUAUGUGGAAAGGAUCUCUCCUUGCUUCUAUAGUUGUGGCUCUAUGUUAUUUUCCAAUUGCUUUUGUUGGUUACCUUGUGUUUGGUAACAAAGUUGAAGAUAACAUCCUCAUCUCGCUUGAGAAGCCAGGUUGGCUUAUCGCCUCUGCCAAUAUAUUUGUUGUUAUUCAUGUAAUCGGUAGUUAUCAGGUAUUUGCAAUGCCAAUAUUUGACAUGCUCGAGUCAUUUCUUGUGCUGAGGAUGAAGUGUAAACCUAGUAGCACACUUCGCAUUCUAACUCGCUCUUCAUUUGUUGCCGUAACCAUGUUCAUUGGGAUAAUAUUUCCAUUCUUUGGCUCGCUUCUAAGCGUCUUAGGAGGAAUAGCCUUCGCACCCACUUCAUAUUAUCUUCCUUGUAUUAUAUGGCUAAUAAUAUGCAAACCCAAGAGAUACAGUUUAUCCUGGUUUUGUAAUUGGUUCUGCAUUGUUUUCGGCGUGUCCUUGACAAUAUUAUCUCCCAUUGGAGCUGUAAGGGAUAUCAUAGUUCAAUUCAAAACUUAUAGAUUCUUCUCUUAAGCCUUAACCACUUCUCUGUUUGGAUCCGGCUACUUUUUUUUAGCGGAUCAUCUUGUGGUUAAUAUGUAAUGAUGCACUAAUGUUUAAUUUGACGUAGUUAUGUAGGAAAAUUGGUUUAUAGGCAACCUGAUGUGUAACAGCGAAUUCUUGUAGUACUAA